CCCCUACCUCUCACAAUGUCCACCGCAGCUGCAGUGCUACUGGGCACGGGAGAGGGUCGCGGGAGCCGCAUGCUUGUGAGCGAAGUGAAGUGAAGGGGAUCAGUAGGAUGCAGUAGAGUAUGGCGAAGGAAGCUUCACAUGUCUGCCAUGCCGAGCUCUACGCCAUGACCCCAUUGCAGGAAUUCUUCAAUGCUGUGACGAUGUUGUUCCCGACUAUCGCGCUCUCUCACUUCGCGAUGAAUUGGCCGCAUCCCCUGGUGAUCUUGCUGCUGCUCGGAACUGUUUCUCACCUGCCUGUCUCCUUCACCUAUCACAUGAGCGUCGCAUUCUCCCGGUACGAGGAUCGACUUGACAACGACAUGCGCCGGCUGGAUCAGAGUAUGCAGCAUGUCUUGGGGACAGUGUUCGCAUACGCUCUCUCCGGAUCAAUGUUCUACAUGUUCAUCAACCUUGUUUACAACGUGUACGCAAUAAUCUUGUUAUGGGAUGCGUCAACAUCCAACGAUGGCAGAAGAUGGGUCCCCGUCAUGAUCAGCGUCUGCAUGUACAACGCUCCCAUGGCGUGGAGACAAGACUACGAGAAUUUCGUCAUUGCUUUCCUCAGCAUGGGGCUAGGAGGAAUGUCCUUCAUCCCCGUGCUCAACAAGAAGCUCUUCUCAGGAUGGGGGCACUGCAUCUUUCACGUCGCUCUCUUCCUGUAUGCUCGCGCGCUGGCUCAGUCAGCCAGCAAGAUUGCUCUCUAAGAGUCCGGCAGAGGUUGUUGUCUGAUCUCACCACAGUCUCAAUAAAUCUUG